CAAUUCCAAUUGCAAAUAUUUCAAGUUGAUCGCUUUUAUUUGAAAUAUUGGCAAUAGUUCUUGUAAAAAGUAUAUAUACUAAGUCUAUAUCGUACUAUACAAUCGUAACAAGAUUUUUUUAAAGCCAAAUGAUGCGUGUUAGAGAAGUCUUUACGAGGUAUCCCUUGAUCAGAGGUAUGGUGUCCUACAGUUUAAUCUGGCCAACCAGUGCGUUUAUACAGCAAAAAAUUGUGGGAACACAAUGGGAUUCAAUUGAUUGGGCCAAGUGUGUUAGGUUUUCUAUCUAUGGUGGUUUCUAUGUAGCGCCGACACUUUACACAUGGAUUCGAAUAUCAAGUCGAUUAUUUCCACAAAACACACUCCGAGCGGCUGUAUCAAAAGGUUUGCUAGAACAAAUCUCGUAUACCCCAAUUGCCAUGACGAGUUUUUAUUUUCUCAUGAGUUUACUCGAAGGCAAAAGUAUAGAAGGUGGAGUCGAUGAGGUGAAAAGUAAAUUUUGGCCAACAUACAAGGCUGCAAUGUGUAUAUGGCCGGCCGUUUCGACGUUCAACUUUGCAUUGGUACCCGAAAAAAAUCGUGUUGUUUUCAUAAGCGUAUGUAGUUUAAUGUGGACCUGUUUCUUGGCUUAUAUGAAACAAUUAAGUAUCGAAACCGAAACUAACGCUUCAAAUACAACACAAUUCGAACAACACAACAACUAGUCAUGUUCGAAAAUACGUUUAUUUCGAAAUGUCACUUUUGACAGUUCGCAUUAAAUUGUUUAGUCAGUAAGUUAGUACAUUUUAUAUAGUACACAUUGACAUCGUAAAUAAAUCAAAAGGUCACACAAAAAAAAA